AUGGUCGAGCUACACGCAGCGGCCGACCUCUCGGAGGCUGCGUUGGGCGGCCCAAUUCGCAUCGAGGGCUCCCACUUUGUCGACGCCCACGGCCGCAUCCUCUCGCUGCGCGGCCUCAACGUGUCUGGAGCCAGCAAGUUGCCCACCGAGCCCAAUGGCCUGUCUCACCUCACCGAGCGCUUCUACGAGCAUCGCACCGUCACCUUUGUCGGCAGGCCGUUUCCCCUGGAGGAGGCCCCGCUGCACUUUCGCCGCCUGCGCGAAUGGGGGUGUCCGCUUGUGCGACUGCUCGUCACCUGGGAGUCGCUCGGACACGCCGGACCAGAUCCAGAGAUUGACCUUGACCUCGAGUACAUUGGUUAUUUGCGACAGCUUAUCGAGUUGAUGCCACAGUAUGGCAUCAAGUGUUUCGUUUGCGCCCACCAGGAUGUUUGGAGCCGAUUCAGCGGAGGCAGCGGCGCGCCAGGCUGGACCUUUGAGACUGUCGGCCUCGACAUUGAAGCUUUCACUGACACGGGCAUUGCCUACGUCCAUGGCCAGGACGAAAAGAAGAGGGCCAGCGAACCCCCCAACCCCAAAGAGCCAGGCGGUCCUUUCUUAUGGCCGUCGGGUUACCAGAAGCUCGCUGCCUCCACCAUGGCCACCCUCUUCUGGGCGGGCGAUGCGCUGGCGCCGAACCUCAAGUGCCGACGCACCGUCGCUGGAGGGGACGACCUAAGCAACCAGGUCCCGGUCCAGACCUUCCUGCAGGAUGCAUUCAUCGAGGCCUUUGGACGACUCGCAGACGAGGUGGGCGACUUGGAGGCUUGCAUUGGCUUUGAGCCUAUGAACGAGCCUCACCGCGGCCUCAUUAACCUGCACCACUUUCACUUCUGGAACUACGAUACCGACUUGCACAUUGGACACUGCCCGUCGCUUGCCCAAUCGCUCGCUCUCGGAAGCGGGUAUGCGCAAAAGGUCGAUUACUACGUCAAAUCCUGGCCUUGGCCGACCCGUGUCUCCCACAAAUCUCUCGUCGAUCCCAAGGGUCGCUCAGCGUGGCUCACUCUCGACAAUGGAGAGCCUGUCGGUCAUGGACGUGGAUUGGGGCAGUGCGUAUGGCGCGCACAUGGCGUAUGGGAAUGGGACGAGAAAAAGAAGACGGCCAAGGUGCUCGACGACGAUUACUUUGAAGUUGACCAUCGUCCUGGUCGCGAGGGCACUCCGAUUGAGUGGUAUCGCGACUGCUAUGCGCCCUUCCUCGAGAAGUUCUCCAAGCGAAUGUCGCGCAAGAAUCUCGGACAGUUCAGCUUCGUCGAGCCAAUCCCCAACGAGUUUAUGCCUCCAUGGCCUACGCAAGAGAUCGCGCCCAAUUGGCGCCAGCAAAAGUACGCCGAGGACACUGUCCUAACGACACCGCGCCCGACCAACUUCGUAUAUGCACCUCACUUUUACGAUCUCAACGUCCUGUUCAACAAGUACCACUCGUGGAUGAGCGUCAACGUCCAGGGCCUCUCAAGGGGCAUGUUUGUCCUCAAGGCUAUGUAUUUUGGCCCCAAGGGCCUGCGCAAGAACUACAGGAAGCAGAUUGGCAAUGUCAUCAAGUAUGGCCGCGACUCACUUGGCAAGGUGCCAAUGCUGAUCGGUGAGAUUGGUAUUUCCUAUGACAUCAACGGGGGAGAGGCAUUCCGAACCGGGUGCUACGAUAAGCAGCGAGACCUAAUGAACGGUCUCAUCUCUGCCAUGGAGGAUAAUGGCAUUGGAUAUACACUAUGGAACUACAACCCCCACAACCGUGUCGAGUACGGAGAUGGAUGGAACAAGGAGGAUUUCUCUGUUAUGAACAGCGAUGACAUUGUCGAGGGAGGUCCCAUCCGUUCCGACUACCGCAACUAUCUCCACGAGGACGACGAACUCUUUGCUGGAGGUCGAGUCCUCGAUGUCAUCAUCCGACCUUACGCAGUAAAGACUGCAGGAACACCAGUGUCUUCCGAUUGGGACCACCACUCCCUGCGGUUCGAAUACAGAUGGACAAGCAAAGGCAACGAGAAGCAGUCUCUGGGCGAAAAGUCUCGUCUCACGGAAAUCUUUAUCCCGAGGUAUCACUACGCCACGCACGAGCUACGCAUCCACGCCACCAACGCUGAAUGGACAUUGGACCGUGAGCGUCAGACUCUCUAUGUGCGUCACCCAUCGCACAGCGGCGAGGACCAGCAACACGCCGUCGUUGUGGAAAUUGAGAACCCGCUCAGGCAUAGACUGGCGAGGAUCCAGAGACGACGGGAGGCGUUCCCUCCUUCGUUCCCUCUCAGCUUAAUUCCUCCUACCGCCGAGACUUGGUUUGAGGACUUUGACUGGAGUCGGUUCAUGAUAUUCGUGCUGGCUAUUCUUGGCUUGGUUUCUGCAUACGUGACCAUGAUCGUUCAAGGAGGGGAAAAGUGA